AUGGCGAAAGAACUCAAGCCGUCGUCUUCCCAUGUAAAUGGCGACCCUGAAGACAUAGGCUCCGGUGACACUGUGGAAGAUGCACAACACGAUGCGGUCUUUGGCGACAUUAAAGACGACGGCCCCAACUAUCGUAAUGUUGGUUGGCUCGGUACCGCGGGCUUGAUGAUGAAGACCCAGAUUGGUCUGGGUGUCUUGUCGUUCCCGUCUGUAUUCGAUACGCUCGGCAUGGUUCCAGGAGUCAUCCUGCUCUGCACCAUCGCCGGCAUCACUACGUGGUCCAACUAUAUAGUGGGGGUCUUUAAACUCAACCAUCGCCAUGUAUACGGCGUCGAUGACGCUGGCCAGCUGAUGUUUGGGCGCAUUGGCAAGGAACUAUUUGCCAUUGCCUUUAUGGGCAUGUACGUAAUGACGGCCGGAUCAGCUAUGUUGAGCAUCUCGAUUUGCCUCAAUGCGCUCUCCAACCACAGAACCUGCACUGCCGUUUUCGUCGCCGUCGCGUUCGUCAUGGUGUUCAUACUGUCGAGCAUUCGAACUCUUGGACGAAUUACCUGGCUUGCCAUGAUUGGAGUCGGAGCCAUUAUUGUUGCUGUCCUUACCGUGACGAUCGCCACAGGCGUCCAAGACCGGCCGCCAAGCGCUCCCCGAGACGUUGCUUGGCAAUCUGACUAUAAACUCUUUGGAAACCCAACCUUUUCCCAGGCCAUCUCGGCUGUAUCAACCCUCAUCUUUGCUUACGCGGGCACGGGGGCCUUCUUCCCGAUAGUGUCGGAGAUGAGAGACCCUCGUCUCUACCCUCGGGCCUUGGCACUUUGCCAGACAGUCAUCACCGUCAUAUUUUUGGUCGUAGGCAUCGUGGUAUACUACUACUGUGGCUCCUACGUUGCCUCGCCGGCACUAGGAUCCGCCGGCACGACAAUCAAAAAGGUCUCGUACGGCAUCGCCCUGCCCGGAUUGCUCGUCAGCGGCAUCCUCCUCGCCCACGUAUCAAGCAAAUACGUCUUUGUCCGAAUUCUUCGUGGAUCGGAUCAUCUCACCUCCAACACGAUUAUCCACUGGGCCACAUGGCUGGGCUGUAGCUUCGGCGUCUCCAUCGUUGCAUAUAUACUCGCCAGCUCCAUUCCCGUGUUCAAUGGGAUUGUGUCCUUGGCAGGGGCGCUGUUCGGUACCCUGCUAUCGUUUCAGCCCAUGGGCUGCAUGUGGCUGUAUGACAACUGGGCCCGCGGCAAGGGGAGCCCGACUUGGCGCUGGCGGCUAAUGGUCUGCUGGAGCAUAUUUGUUAUUGUUGCGGGUACCUUUUUGAUGAUUGCCGGCACUUAUGGUGCCAUUCUUGGCAUCGUAGACUCGUACAAGGCUGAAGGGGGAACGUCUGCUUGGUCAUGUGCGGACAACUCCAACUCCAGCUGA